CUUCACGUUUUGACAGCUGUCAAACGCAUGUCAAAUGCUGAAUUAUUAAUCACAAAGAAUGUUUAAUUAAAUUAUUCCUAAUUAUGACAUAGGUUUUAUAUAGGUUAAAAUAUUGUUUUUUGCUGUUUUUAAAAUUAUCAUCAUGUCCUACUUAAAAACUAUUUGGAAUUAUAUGUUUAGCCCAAAACUAUAUAAAAUAUAUGACGGUUCUGUAGAGAGAAUUUAUAAACCAUCAAGUUUGGAAAAAUGGGGGGAUCAAGUAAUAUAUUCUUUAAAUAUUAUGUGGAAUAUUAGUUUAUAUACAUCCCCCAUACUAAUAGGAUUUCUAUACAAAAAAAGUUACUUGGCUGCUGAAAGCUUUAUAAGUAUCACCAAAUUUGCUUUUGGAUUAGGAUUAAUCUUAGCAGUAUCUUUAUGCAUGAGAAGUGUUGGCAGAGCUAAUAAUGCUGAUUACAGAUCAUUUAUGCAAACAUAUAUGAAAGCUAUAAACAACUAUAAUAGGGAAUCAAAACAACAAAUUAGAUGCUAUGACUUCGAUUUUAAAAAAUGGCCAGUAGACUUCAAUUGGAAUGAUGCUUCAGCGGACAAAACUAAAGUUCGUAAAUACUUGGAAACUUCAAGAAAUAGAAGUGCUUCUCAGUGGGCAUAUUCUCUACCUUGUCAAAUCGCUGCAUAUAUUGCUGUGCACACUUUUGGAAUACGCAUGAUAUAUCCUGGUGCUGUAGGAAUUCUUAACUUAUUAAUGGAACCUGGUUUAUUACAAGGUCGGGCAAAAUUAGUCAAAGACAACAAAGGCAUAAGAAAUAAGUUAAGAACAAUAGAUAAUAACGAUGUAGAUACAAUGUUUAUUAAUAACAGAGGUAAAACAAGUAAAGGUGAUAUUCUUGUUAUAUGUUCAGAAGGAAAUGCUGGCUUUUAUGAGAUAGGAAUUAUGUGCACCCCAAUAGAGGCUGGUUAUUCAGUGCUGGGUUGGAAUCAUCCAGGAUUUGCUGGGAGCACAGGUAGACCAUAUCCUGUCCAGGAUCAGAACGCUAUGGAUGUAGUUAUGCAGUUUGCUAUUAAUAGUUUAAAUUUUACACCAGAAAAUAUAAUAUUAUUUGGUUGGAGUAUUGGUGGCUAUUCCAGCAGCUGGGCUGCCAUGAAUUAUCCUGAUGUUAAAGGAGUGGUUUUAGAUGCAACAUUUGAUGAUAUUUUGCCAUUAGCAUUGCCUCGAAUUCCUGCUGCAUGGGAGGGAAUAGUUAAGCUUGCAAUUCGAGAUUAUAUAAAUUUAAACAUAGCUGAACAAAUGUACCAGUAUCCUGGACCAGUGUUAAUGAUCAGACGCACUGAGGAUGAAAUUAUAUGUACCGAGGAAGGCGUAUUAGCUUCGAACCGCGGAAAUCAUUUGCUAGUGAAAUUACUCAAAUAUCGUUUUCCUGUUAUUUUUGGAAUAAAUCAACUAGAAACGGUUAACGAAUAUCUUUCUUUAUAUUUUGCUGGACAAUCAAAAAUGCUUCAUCGGGCUCAGAUUGAUGAGGACAUUUGUGCCUCAUUAUUGGCCAGUUACAUAAGUGAGAAUUCUAAAUCUUAUCCAAUGCUCAUUGGCGACGGUUUUACCGAAAAACAGAAGAGCGAUAUGGCGUUAUUUUUGGUAAAGAAGCAUAUGAAAGACUAUCAAUCAAGUCAUUGUUUGCCUUUACCUCAAGAAUAUAUGCAAACGCCCUGGGAUGUACAAGUAGAAUCAGAUUAUGUAUUUACAUAAAUUUAUGUUUGACUGAUUUAUUUAAUACUAAUAUAUUUUAGUGCUAAAUAGAAAAC